UUUUUUCUGUGCGUUCUGUGCGAGAUUUAUUUGUCCUAAUGAAUGCCACACUAUGUACCGGGAUAACUCGCAAAGGUUGUUCCGAGCAUAAGGAAGGACAACAAGCAGCGGUGCGAGAAUGUUCGGCACAGGGUAGUAUGGAAAAGGUUUUUGUUGACAAGAUGGUAUUGCACAGGGCUACAGACCAAGUUACAAUCCUCACAGGUGAUCGUGCCAGACUGAAAGAUCUUCUCCGUCUCCGGCUGAUUGAGUGCGGAUGGACCGACCAGGUGCGUCUAAUGUGCCGGGAAGUGGUCAAAGCUGAGGAUGGGAAGGUGAAUGUGGACCAGCUGGUGCAACAGGUCACCCCAAAGGCACGCACAAUGAUUCCAGACACAGUGAAGAAAGAACUACUGCAGAAGAUUAAGACACUGCUGACAGAGCAUGAAGACAACUGAAAGCAAGACGCCGGGAUACUCUUCUAAACUUAAAACUGCACUAAAUGUGAUCUCCAUUGAUUUGUGUAAACAAAAAUAAAUUAUUUCAUGAUGAAAAACAAAGCGCUUUUGCCGGAAAUGAGGUUAGGUGUUUGUUAUGAAAUUUUCGUGAAAUUUAUUUGAAGCAUGAAAUGAAUGUUUAUAUCUGAAUUCUGAAUGAUUAGAUUAUUUUUCCAACGUAAUCUGUGAAAAAUCUAUGAGGAAAAUGCUAAGAAAAUGACUCAAAUAAAGAAUAUUAAACAUUGAAAA